GAAAAUUAAACCGCAAGAAAAAGAAAAUAGUACGUUCAAAAUUAUUUUGGCAAUUAUUUCCAAUAAGAGAAGAGGUUAUGGCAAAACACUUAGUACAAAUAAUUAUAAUGGGAACACAAGUUGUUGUUAAAGCAUUUGCACGGGCAUUACGACAAGAAAUUGCAGCAAGUCAAGCUGCUGCACAUAAAACAGGCGGUGGUGCACGAGGUACACAACAUGUUGCUGCCAAUUACAAAACCGGUAUUUCUUUAGAAGAAGCACUACAGAUUUUGAAUGUUGAACGAGUGGAUCAAGUAGAUACUAUUGAACGUAAUUACAAGUACCUCAUGGAAGUUAAUGAUAGAUCAAAAGGUGGUUCUUUUUAUAUUCAGUCAAAAAUUGUGCGUGCUAAAGAACGUAUUGAUGAAGAGUUAAAAACUAUGAAGACUUCUCCUCCAAAUAAUAAUUCCAAGCAACAAAAUGCUUCAAAACAACUAUAAUACAUUUUUAUAUAGUCUAAAUUUAAUUGAUACAUCUUUGAAGUCAGUAUAUAUGAAUGUAAUGACAUUUUAGUCACCAAUAAAUAAUAUGAAACGUCGGUUGAUAAAAUUGGUAUACUUAUACUUUAAUGCUGAUUAAAGUGUUGAAAUAAAAGAAAACAUUGUUUAAAGUA